ACUCGGCACACGCCACGACAUCCAUUCCCGAAUCCAAAAUCACGGUAGCACAGUGACACCCUACAAUUGUCAAAAGGCGCAGUCCAGGUGUAGAAAAAGGGGAAAGAAAAGGCACGUUUGGAAAGAGCAAAGAGGCGCCGAGGAGAAAGCGGGGUGGGCGUGGGCGAGUCCGGGCCUGGGAUUUAGGCGAGGCGAGGCGAGCACGCCGGGUUCCUCGUGUCGUCAAAGCGGAGUCCCACCGCAGCUAGCAGGCCUCGGCGGCGCUAGUGGAGCCGUUCCCCCGAAUUCCGCGCCCCCGCGUGCUCCGCGCUUGGGGGCGAUGACGGGGACGCGGGAGCUGCUCCUCGUCCUCUGCCUCCUCGGCGCCGGCAUGGCCGUCGGCGACGCGCAGCCUCCGCCCUCGCCGCCGCCGGCGCCUCCGCCGCCGCCGCAGCCGACGCCGUUCGGGCGCACCAUGUCGACGUUCAUCACGGUUGCCAUCAGCGUCUUCUUCUUCCUGCUCUUCGUCUGCGCCUACGUCAACCAGUGCCGCCUCGCGGACCCCGGCGCGCACGGGGAGGCGGCGGCGGCGGCGGCCGCGGGCGCCGGGGGGCCGUCCAGGAGGGGGAAGCGCGGGCUGGACCCCGCGGUGGUGGCCACGUUCCCCAUCGUGUCCUACAGGGAGGUGGUGGCGCACAAGAUCGGCAAGGGCGUGCUCGAGUGCGCCGUGUGCCUGACGGAGUUCGAGGACGACGACGACCUCCGCCUGCUGCCGCACUGCUCCCACGCCUUCCACCCGGAGUGCAUCGACCCCUGGCUGCAGUCGCGGGUCACCUGCCCGCUCUGCCGCGCCAACCUAGAGAAGCCGGCUCCGGUUCCGGCAACGCCACCGGCGCCCCCGUCGCCGCAGGAGCAGCGCCAGCCCUCGCCGCCGACGGAGGCCGUGGCGAUUCCGGUGCUGGACGAGGGCUCGGAGGAGGAGGACAGCGACGAGGACGACCGGAAGGAGGAGGCCAUCGAGCUCGAGAUGCUGCGCAGCGCGCGCCGCGCGGCGAGGAUGCCGCGGUCGCACUCGACGGGCCACUCGCUCUUCGCGGCGGCGGCCGCCGCGGCGGAGGAGGGCGACCACGAGAGGUUCACGCUGCGGCUGCCGGAGCACGUGCGGGAGCAGGUGCUCCGGUCCCGCCGCCUGCGGCACGCCACCAGCCUGAUCAACCUCUCCGACAUGAGCUCCGAGGGCAGCUCCCGAGGCGGACGGAGCCUGGGAGGAGCAGGAGGUGGAGGAAGCUUCGGCAACGGCGGCGGCGGGAGCAGCCACGGCGGGCGCCGGUGGCAGUCGUUCCUGGCCCGGACGGUCUCGUGGGCGCGAGGCGGCGGCGACGGCUCGGUGCGGAAGGGGUGGGACGGGUCCACGAGGAGGGGAAGGGACGACGGCGAGUCCAGCAGGAAGGGCUCGGCCACGCCGCCGCCGGCGGGCCGGCCGUGACCGCCGCCUCCGCGGGACCGCGAGUGCGCUUCACUGUAAAAUUCGACAAGUUUGUGGUUCUUUUUUUUCCUAAUCAUUUGUAUUUAUUUAUGUUUAGGGAUAUUUGGCGAUAGCGUGAUAGCGGCCUGAAUUUCGCCAACUUUUCUAGCUUUGGUUUACUUUUGCAUAUCGGCGAAUUGUUUGGUCGGUAGGUUUCGUGGGAUCGAAAAUUGACAAGGAGAGUGAUCGGUUCAGAGAACUGUGGAGGGUUCUCACUUCU